UUUCACUUUGACUUUCAUACCCUCUCACUUUCAAAAUGGCCGCGGGAACUCUUAGCCCAGGCCCUCUCUCCCAAUUCCUUAGAACGCCUAGCGAAUAUCGACAUUUCGAUGGCAAAGGAACUCUUUCCACCAUGAUCGCAUUUCGACGUAUUUGUUUCGAAUUCCUUAAGAACUUUGGCGUAAGGUCUGUGACAUUUUGUUCGGUUCCCUUCAGUAGAAGCAGCUUAAUUCUGUCCGCAAGUAGAAGAUCACAGGGCAGGGUUCUGUCGAAAAGACUACAGCUUGGCCGAAGAAGGAUUCCGUUGGAAAGAGUGGAAGGAGCGUUCAGUACCGAAAGCUCCUUGGAUGAGUUGUCUUACCACAGUAUCGCAGAUGAGACACUGGAUGGUAUAGCUGAGUUAUUUGACGACCUUGGCGAAAGCCCCUCAAGUCCUGCUGACUUUGAUGUCCAGUUGAGUGAUGGAGUCCUUACAGUCAACUUGGGAGCUGGACGUGGUACCUAUGUGAUUAACAAACAAAGCCCUAACAAACAAAUAUGGUUGUCAUCUCCAACAAGCGGUCCUAAGAGAUAUGAUUUCCAAAAUGGUUCGUGGAUAUAUACACAUGAUGGUGUUUGUCUUCACGAUCUUUUAUCAUCAGAGAUUUCUGUUGCACUUGGACGUGAAGUGGACUUUACUUCACUAACAUAUGGUGGAGUGGAUGGAAAGCUUAGCUGAUAAAGAAAA